AUGGAAGAUCUCAUAGCAAUUCAAGAUGAGGUGAAGAACAAGGUAGCGAGAGAGGAGGCACAACAUCAACGAAGGCUUAAAGCUGUCCAGGUAUGGCUUACACGUGUCGAGAUCAUUGAUACACGGGUCAGUGAUCUGAUUAGUACUAGUGCCGUUCAGCUUCAGAAGUUGUGUCUAUGUGGUUUAUGUUCAAAAAAUUUAUGCUUGAGCUACAAAUAUGGGAAACGUGUAUUCUUGUUGUCGGAAGAGAUUAAAAACCUCAAAUCAGAGGGUCAUUUUGAAGAGGUUACUGAGUUGACUCCAAGAUCUGAAGUGGUGGAGAGGCCUACACGGCCUACCAUCGGUCACAAAUUAAUACUGGAGGAGGCAUGGAAUCGAAUUAUGGAAGAUGGAGUCGGUACCAUGGGUCUGCACGGUAUGGGUGGUGUAGGCAAAACUACCAUUUUCAAGAAAAUCCACAACAAGUUCGCUGAAAUGGCUAAUAGGUUUGACGUUGUGAUCUGGGUCGUGGUGUCUCAAGGCGUACAUAUUCUGAAACUUCAAGAAGAGAUUGCACAAAAGCUACACCUUUGUGGUGACCAAUGGACGAACAAAAAUGAAAGUGAUAAGGCUGCAGAGAUGCAUAGAGUUUUAAAGGGGAAGAGAUUUGUGUUGAUGCUGGAUGAUAUAUGGGAGAAAGUAGAUUUGGAAGCCAUAGGAGUUCCCUUUCCAACCAGAGAAAAUGGAUGUAAAGUAGCAUUCACCACUCGCUCUCGCCAAGUAUGUAGGCAGAUGGGGGAUCAUGAGCCGAUGCAUGUCAAGUGUUUGGAACGAGAUGAAGCAUGGGAAUUAUUUAGUAAUAAGAUUGGAGACAGCACAUUAAGAAGAAAUCCUUUCAUUGUCGAGCUUGCAAGAAAAGUUGCUGCAAAAUGUCGUGGUUUGCCGCUAGCGCUCAAUGUCAUUGGUGAGACAAUGACAUCUAAAACUACGGUACAAGAAUGGGAGCAUGCAAUCAAUGUUUUGACUAGAUCAGCUGCAGAGUUUCCUAACAUGGAAAAUAAAAUCCUUCCAAUUUUGAAGUACAGCUACGAUAGCUUGGUGAAUGAACAUAUCAAGUCAUGUUUCCUCUACUGUGCUAUGUUUCCGGAAGAUGAUCAAAUAGAAAAAGAAAGGUUGAUAGAAUACUGGAUAUGCGAGGGAUUCUUGGGGGAAUACCAAGUUAUGAAGAGCGCGAUGAACAAGGGUUAUGAGGUACUCGGUACCCUUAUCCGUGCAAAUUUACUAACAGAUGAGUUCAAAGACGCUGGACGUUAUCUUGGCGGUGUUGGAAAAACGGCUGUGAAAAUGCACGAUGUAGUUCGUGAAAUGGCUCUGUGGAUUGCAUCCUAUUUUGGGAAUCAGAAAGACGCUUUUGUUGUGAAUGCAAGGCUUGGGUUACGUGAAAUACCCAAAGUCAAGGAUUGGGGAGCUGUGAGACGGAUGUCAUUAAUGGGUAAUAACAUUAAGGAGCUAACCUCAGGUUCCACGUGUUUUGAACUUACAACUCUCUUCCUCCAGAAUAAUAAUUUGGAGAAUCUCUCAGGGGAAUUCAUGCGGUCUAUGAAAAAGCUAGCUGUUUUGGAUCUAUCAGAUAAUUGGAGCAUCCAUGAACUUCCAGAGUGGAUAUCGGAGCUGGCAUCUUUGCAGUAUCUUGACUUGUCGUAUACAAGUAUUGAGCAACUGCCAGUUGGUUUCCACGAGUUGAAAAAGCUAUCUCAACUUAAUUUGGCUUGGACAGUGAGACUUUGUAGUAUGGCUGGGAUAUCAAAGUUGACGAGUUUAAGAAUAUUGAAACUACAAAGCUCCAAUGUUCAUGGAGAUGUUAGCUUAGUGAAGGAGUUGCAGCUCUUGGAGCAUCUACAAGUUGUAACUAUAACCAUAUCUACGGAGUCGGGUCUGGGGCAGCUAUUAGGUGAUCCAAGGUUGGCGAACUCCAUCAAUGGUCUGGAGAUUCGGGGUUUCCAGCAAAAGCCGGUCAGUAUGGAGAAUCAUCGACGUAAGCUCUGGUUGGAAAGUUUUCUUGUCAUGGAGACUAAUAUAUAUACAAAAUACAGAGAAAGUGAGACAGGCUCGUCUGGUUUACACAAUCCGACGAGUCGAUGCUAUACCAACCUUAGUGUCCUGCAUGUAUAUAACUUAUGCGGCAUCAAGGAUUUGACUUGGCUACUGUUUGCUCCAAAUCUUGUCUACCUACAAGUUUUUGAUUCAAAAGAAGUGGAAGAAAUUAUUAACAACGAGAAAGCAGCCAAUCUUAUAGGUAUUACUCCAUUUCAGAAUUUAGAAUACUUAUCGUUGGUAAGAUUGCCUAACCUGGUGAGUAUCUACUGGAGUCCUCUCCCCUUUCCAUUUUUGAGGCGAAUAGAAACAAUAAACUGUCCAAAGCUGAGAAAGCUUCCCUUAGAUGCUACGAGUGUCCCACGACUUGGCUGGUUUACAGUAGAGAUGGAUCCUCGAGAACAGAAAACGGAGCUUGAAUGGGAGGACGAAGAUACCCAAAAUCGUUUCUUGCCUUUAUUUUCUUAG